AUGUCUGAGUGGUUCACCCAACUCGAAGAGGUCGCGUACUCCGUAGUGGAAUAUAUCCCACUAGUCGGCACCGUGUACUCUCUAAAACGAGCCACUAUCGCAUACAACGCGAGGGAUUGGACGCGACAUUGGCAGUCCCUCGGCAACUUCCUCGAGAGCUCCGUUCGCGAUAUCAUUCUCUUCAAAGACAUUGCCGAACCCACCACAGUCGCCCUUAUACACACCAUGGCCGAGUCGUUGACGGACAAAUUGAUUGAGAUCUACCAUCACGAGCCCAAAAGGCCUGAGGUCAAAAUCACCCAGAAGCUGGAUAAACAACUCGGACAUGUACUCAUCGCCGAGUCCUCAAAGGGCAGGUCCAAGAGAGAAGUCUUCGGAGGCAAAGCCAAGGGUGUGCACCACUUUCACGGCGCUGUCUUCACUGGUACGAUCACUCACCCCGAAUAUGCUCCAAAGGGCGAGAAGAUCCGGCUUGAUAUUCCGCACGGAUUCCACGACGGGGCAGGAGUCACCUUCACGUGGAAAUGGACUAUAAACAGAGCUGGAAAAAAGAAUGCACCUGCAGCCACGUAUGGUCGUAUUAAACUGAUCUCCGGCACACCCACACGGUUCGAAUUGUCCAGCCACAAGGGUGCCGGAUGGGAAGGUUAUAACUUUUCCGGUGAGAUAAACUCCAAGGACAAAAUCAAGGCUACAACCACAGUCGGUGGUAGAAACAUUCCACCGAUUGACUUCACAAGGUUGGCCGGAACUUGA